UGCAUUGCUAAACAUCACUCUACAAUUAAAAUCGAAAAUCGAAAUGUUACUUUUAAGAACUGCUCUUCUCUUACUUACUGCAUCGGCUUGCAAUGCCCUAAACUCCACAAGCAAGGAUCCCGACAACGAGUUCAGCAUAGAUGAGAUAUCCACGUUGAACCGCCAUUUUCUGGACUUUUUGAUCGCGUACGACGCGGACCGCGUUGCAAAUCCCUCCGACCUCCCCUGCGUGACCACCUUGCGCCAGCUAUCGGAAGCUUACACGCGCCGAGAACGUCACGCACUAGAAUGGUACGACUCGUGGGGCAAGAUUCCCUCCGGACUGUACUACGGCAACGGGUAUGCAUUCGGGAACUACGAACAGUGCCGUUGGUUUAGGUGGAACGAUGUCCGAGGACAGCACUGCUACUUUGCGGCAGUAUUUCCGAACGAACUGCCGGUAUUCUACUCCGGACUGUGCGUGCCCCAGUUCUGUACGCAACACGUUGUGGAGAGUCUGUACGUGGAGUACAUGGCCGGGAAGGGACUCUUUGUAGUGCCGACGGAGGAUCGGGUCACUUGUUAUAAGGAUCGGAGCGUGGAGUUCAACGGAGCGGUUGUUAGUGCAGUAGUGAUAUUCUCCAUCUUUGCUGGAAUCAUUGCUGGUAGUACGGCUUACGAAGCUGUUCAAACCGCUCGACACCUGGAGAUCAAAGUACAGUACGCAGCGUUUUCGCUGAUCAGAAACAUCCGCAACAUCCUGCACAUCGUUCAUCCGACGAAGCAGAACCAGCUGAUCGAGUGUGCCAACGGAAUACGAGCCCUGUCGAUGAUCUGGAUCAUCGUGCUGCACGUACACGAAGCCGGACUCGCGGUGUUCUACGUGAAUCCCAUUUCACGAGAAAGCUACAUGAAAAGUUUCAUGGGAACGGUAUUGUUCAACAGUGGAGGACUGGCGGUUGACACGUUCCUAGCACUGAGUGGAAUGCUAGUUUCGAUGAACUUGCUCAAAGAGUUGGACCAAAAUGGGAAAAUUAACCCGUUGAAGUUGUAUCUACGGAGGUAUAUCCGGCUAACCGCUCCCCUAGCGCCAAUGAUUCUUAUGGCAGUAUCCUUCGCCAAAUAUCUGGGAGAAGGUCCCCUGUGGGCUCCGAUAGUUGGUCAAUAUGAAAUCAGCUGCAGCAAGUAUUGGUGGUCAGCCCUGCUGCACGUUCAAAAUUACGUCAACCCCAGGACUAUAUGCCUCCCCUGGACUUGGUACCUGUCCGUAGAUAUGCAGCUCUACAUCCUCGCCCCCGCCCUGAUCUACCCGCUGUGGCGCUGGGGAAAGCGAGUCCUGCUAGCCACCGGUGCCCUAGCCCUAGCGUCAACCCUUUGCGUCUUUACCUCAUUCCUCGUCAACGACUUCCACAUCAACUUCACCACCGACGGACUCCGCUACAUAAUGACCUAUUACCCAACGCACACCCGCAUGGCAGUCUGGCUGCUCGGAACCAUCCUCGGCUACAUCCUGCACCGAACCAAAGAUUCAGGCGUCCAACUACCCAAACGCUACUACGCCCUCGGUUGGUCCACCUGCUUCGCCCUCCUAGCCCUAACCAUCUACUCGACCUUCGAAAUCACCCGAACCAACCACCAGGACUUCCCCCCGAUCGCGGACGCCUUCUACGAAUGCCUCUCCCGACCCAUCUUCGGAAUCUGCGUCCUCUGGAUCAUCCUGGCCUGUGUCAACGGCGCCGGUGGAGUCAUCAACCAGCUGCUCAGCUCCGGACUGUGGCAACCGUUGGCGAGACUGUCGUUCACGAUGUACCUGCUGCAUCCGGCGCUGCUGAUUAUGGCGACCGUAGCCAGUGCCAAAACGGAUGCCCACUUCAGUGUGAUGGAGCUGUUCUACCGGAUGUGGGGAGCGAUCGGGUUGACCACGAGUGUGGCGCUGGUUUGGAGUGCCGCGUGGGAGGUGCCGUUUGGGACGCUGGAGAGGGUUGUGUUUGGGAGGUAGAUUUACGAAAUUAUAGAAAUUGCAAUUAUGUAUUCGAAAUUAAAAAACCAUAAUUUGAAAUACGUUUAAUUGACAAUUCAAACAUCAGAGAAACAUGUAUA